GCGCUUCUUCCGGGUGGGUCCCCCGGCCGUGGCGAUGGCGCCCUGGGCGCUGCUCAGCCCCGGGGUCCUGGUGCGGACCGGGCACACCGUGCUGACCUGGGGGAUCACGCUGGUGCUCUUCGUGCACGAUACUGAGCUGCGGCAGUGGGAGGAGCAGGGGCGGCUGCUGCUGCCACUGACCUUCCUGUUCCUGGUGCUGGGCUCGCUGCUGCUCUACCUGGCCGUGUCGCUGAUGGACCCCGGCUACGUCAGCCUCCAGUCCCAGGCCCAGGAGACAGCCAAGGAGGAGCAGACAGCCCUGGUUCCCCAGGUCAUCCCCCUGCGGCGCUGCCGGUUCUGCCUGGUGCUGCAGCCCCUGCGUUCCCGGCACUGCCGAGACUGCCGCCGCUGCGUUCGUCGCUAUGACCACCACUGCCCCUGGAUGGAGAACUGCGUGGGCGAGCGCAACCACCCGCUCUUCGUGGCCUACCUGGCACUGCAGCUGCUGGUGCUCCUGUGGGGCCUGUACCUAGCCUGGUCUGGCCUCCAGUUCUUCCAGCCCUGGGGCCCGUGGCUGCGCUCCAGCGGGCUCCUGUUUGCCACCUUCCUGCUUCUGUCCUUCCUCUCACUGGUGGCCACCCUGCUGCUGGUGUCGCAUCUCUACUUGGUGGCCAGUAACGUUACCACCUGGGAGUUUCUCGCGUCGCACCGUAUCGCCUAUCUCCGCCAGCGCCCCAGCAACCCCUUUGACCGCGGCCUGACCCGCAACCUGGCACACUUCUUCUGUGGGUGGUCGUCGGGGUCCUGGGAGACCCUCUGGGCCACAGAGGAGGAGUACGAGGAGGAUGGCAGCCAGGCUGUUUAGGGCCUGCCCGUCUCAUGCCUACAAACUGGAGAGGCUAUGCAUACCCCAGCCAGUGGCAGCCAUCAGGUGGGGGACAGGCAAAGCUCUGUGGGGCCGCUCCCUCCUCCUCGGGCUUGGCACAGAACCCCCAGACUGACUCCUGGCCCCAGCGGGCAGCUGUGCCUUCCAGUGGAACAGCAAGAGGGGCGUGGGCCAGCCCACCUUCAGAGCAGUUUGGCAUGUUUAAUGACCCAGAAAACAAGUUGAGUAUUAAAACCAUAAGCAGCUCUUCA